AAAGUGAGAAGUGAGGUACAGUUAUGGAAUGGGAAUGCUCAAAGCUCCCAAGCAUUUUUCUACCUAGUGUAUGUAUACAAUACAAAAAUGGGUUGCCCUUCUGGUUCCCAUAUAUGUUAUGUAAGACUGUAAAGUGGUUUUGUUAAAUCUUUGGAGGUCUACUACUGGAAGGGUAAAUUUCUGGGCGUUUGCAGCUAAGCCAGAGUACAAUCAGCUUUGGCGAUACCAAUUCAAACGGUAGUGAAUGUUCAGGAGUUAACGUUGAGGUUGGAGGUUUCUUGGAGUGAAUGAUGCCUCAAAUAUGCAUUGGAAGUGUUGUCCUCAUCCUUUUAAUUAACAUGUUUUGCAAUGCUGCUUCUGGUGCAUUCGUAGGAAUAAACGUAGGCACUGAUGUUUCCAACCUGCCAGCAGCUUCAGAUGUGGUUGCAAUUUUGAAAGCCAAUCAGAUAACUCAUGUCCGCCUUUUUGAUGCCGAUGCUCACUUGUUGAAUUCUCUUUCAAACACUGGGAUUGAGGUUAUGGUUGGUGUUACUAACGAGGAAGUCUUAGGGAUUGGAGAAUCUUCAUCAUCAGCAGCAGCGUGGGUUAAUAAAAAUGUUGCAGCUUACUUGCCUUCAACCAAUAUCACUGCCAUUGCUGUUGGCAGUGAGGUCCUUACUUCAAUCCCAAAUGCUGCCCCCAUUUUGGUUCCUGCCAUGAAUUACCUCCAUAAAGCCCUAGUUGCUGCAAACCUAAAUUACCAGAUCAAAGUUUCGACCCCACAAUCAAUGGAUAUAAUCUCUAAGCCAUUUCCCCCAUCAACUGCCACCUUCAAUUCCACGUGGAACUCUACAAUUUUCCAAAUCCUUCAGUUUUUACUAAACACAAAUUCCUAUUACAUGCUAAAUGCUUAUCCUUACUAUGGAUACAUUAAUGCCAAUGGCAUAUUUCCAAUUGAUUAUGCUCUUUUUCAACCACUUUCCUCGGUCAAACAAAUUGUUGAUCCAAACACUCUUUUUCACUAUGACAGCAUGCUUGAGGCUAUGGUGGAUGCCACCUAUAACUCUAUAGCAGGCUAUAAUUUUUCAGCGAUUCCAAUCGUUGUGACUGAAUCUGGUUGGCCAUGGCUUGGGGGAACCAAUGAACCUGAUGCUACUAUAGAGAAUGCUGAAACCUUUAAUAAUAACUUGAUCCAGCGUGUUUUAAAUGGUUCAGGUCCACCUAGUCAGCCCACUAUUCCCAUCAAUACGUACAUUUAUGAGUUGCUCAAUGAAGACAAGAGGCGUGGGCCUGUCUCGGAGAGAAACUGGGGCCUCUUUUUCGUCAAUGGGAGUGCUGUUUACUCUCUGAGUUUGAGUACUUCUGAGCGAAUCGCUGGAAAUUCUUCAUCAGCUUUUUGUAUUGCAAAACAAGGUGUAGAUUCCAGUAAGUUGCAAAACGGACUGAAUUGGGCUUGUGGGCAAGGUCAUGCCAACUGCAGUGCUAUUCAACCAGGAAAGCCUUGUUAUUACCCUGAUAACAUACAAAACCAUGCUUCUUAUGCUUACAAUGAUUAUUAUCAAAAACUUCAUAGCGUUGGUGGAACCUGUGACUUUGAUGGUACAGCCACCACCACUACUGCUGAUCCCAGUCAUGGAUCUUGCAUUUUUACCGGAAGUUCAAAUUCGAGUUCAAGUGGAGUAACCACGCCUACUGCUGCAUUUGGACCUAUUCCUCCUUUCACUGGAGAAAGUUCGAGGCUUCAAAUUCCUGAGAUUGGGUCAUUGAUUUUGGCAAUAUUUAUUGCUUUGAUAUUUAUCAGGUUGAGUAAUUAGUCAGUGGAUGGAAGCUGCAACAUAAUGAAAUCAUGGGAAAUUCACAAGCUUUGACAGUGGCGUUGGAUGAUUCUUUUUCUUUAGUUAAUUUUGAUUAUUUUCACUUAUUCAUCUCCUUCCUCUUCUCUCUUUUGCAAGCCAGCAUGUUGAUGUGUUGGGGCUAAUUGUAAUCUACACUCUUCAAGUAACAUUCAUUUUUGUUACUUAAAAUGGAUAACAGCCUUGGAGAUGAAACCAGUAUGUGGUAAAUAGUGUAUUUCACUAAGCAAUUGUUAUGAAUAUUUUCAAUCUUGAUAAGACAUUAAAUUUUGUUUUCAUUUGAUUAGAAUUCAAUGAUGUAUAACGCUUACUUUGAAGUAAUAUAAUCUUGAAUUGUUUGA